AACUUCUUGUAUACAUAUGUAUAAGUUGUUCUUCAUCAUCUUUUAUUCGUAAAGCAUCAUCAAUUCGCUUGCAGCAUCGGGACAUGAGUAAAUCCUUGCAACUCAUUGUCACCGUUCUAUGUAUCUUCACCAUCCUCGUUCUAGGGGAGAUAUGUCUGGCAAAGGGACAACCACUUGAGGAAAUGGUAGAGUGUAAGGAGGUCCUAUGGCCGGAAGAAUGUAAAUACGACGCAUGUGCCUUUGCAUGUGCACUCAAGAGACAUGGCAAGGGUGGUUGCCUCGAAGGCCCCGAUUAUCGCUCCGCUUGCAUCUGCCAGUAUGCUUGCAAACGCUCUUAAUACUUGUAUUUCACUAGUGAAAAGCCAUGAAGUCAUAUUUAUAUUUAUUAUAAGAAUAACCGUUUAAUAAAAACAUUGUUUUAUCGUGUGCUAGACAUUUUAUCAUUCUCCGUUUAUGUUUCCACAACAUGAUUUAGGAACCCGAAACGUUUUGACAUAACAUAACAGAAAACGUCAGGAUUUAUCCCGGUUUAGAGUAAUCU